CCCAUAUGAGUUCAGGAGGACCCCUGGAACACAGAGAACCCAGUGAAAAGAACUGAAUUGUGGAUCUUAGUGGAUCCUUCUGGAAGUAGUUUCCUGUCCACAGGGUCUCCUGGGCUGCAGGCCGGAAUCUUCUAGGAGCUGGACUCUUUCAUGUCUUUCGGAAGAUGAAGACUCUGGCCCGCCAGCAGCCCCAUCUUCUGAAAGGGAAGAAGAAAUGGGUUUUGCGGGCUCUCAGCGGCUUCCUCUUCCUGUUCUCAGUGACCAUGACUGGCUGCUUCCUGUGGCAGUACUACCUCCCCAAGCUGCAGACUGGUUCCUUGAAGCCAGAGGCGACCCCAGCCCCGGUGAGGAUGUGUCCCCGGCACCCUGAGCUUGUGCCUCUUGCCCACCCCCUGCCGGUGCUGAAGGAGGCCUUGGAGAAGGUGGAUGGGAUUCUGCGCCAGGCCAUGUUGGCCCCAGGCCUGGCUGCCAUGUCUGCCCUCGUCAUCCAUAAUGACACUGUGCUCUGGACUGGGAACUUCGGGAGGAAGAACGGCUCAGAUCCAAACUCUGGAACCCCUAAUGAGUAUACCAUGUACCGGAUUGCCAGCGUCUCCAAGAUCUUCCCUGUGCUGAUGCUGUAUCGCCUGUGGGAGGAGGGCAUCGUGGACUCCCUGGAUGACCCUCUGGAGCGCUAUGCCAGUACCUUCUCCAUCAACAACCCGCUGGGCACAGCCCAAGGCCCUGAAGCACAGGACCCAACGGGGGAAUUUGAAGAGAUGGGCUCCCUCCCAAGGCCUUCUCCUGUCACUCUCCGGAGGAUGGCCAGUCAGUUGUCAGGACUUCCCCGAAGACUCCGGGGCACUUCGCUGCUGUGGAGGGGCAGCACCCAGGAGGCACUGAGCCUGCUCAAGGAUGAUGUCCUGGUGGCUGACCCAGGAACCAGAUGCCACUACAGCACGCUGGCCUUCUCUCUUCUAGCCCAUGUGCUGGCUGCGCACUGGGCACAGGGCGACUAUGAGCGCUGGGUGUCUGAGCAGGUGCUGGAACCGCUGGGGAUGAGUGACACGGGCUUUGCACUGACCGGAGCAGUGCGUGCACGUCUGGCUGCUGGUUUCUAUGGUAGCGGCAGGUCCGCCCCGCUCUACGAUCUGGGCUGGUACCGGCCAUCGGGCCAGAUGUACUCGACAGCUGCAGACCUAGCCAGGCUUGCAGCUGCGCUCCUGGGUGCAGGACCCCGACGGCUGCUACGGCCAGACAGCCUGGCCACACUGCUAGCACCACUGCGCGCCUGCGCCCACGGCUACUUCGCUAGUGAAACCGGCACACCCUGGGAGUUCCACGAGAGGCGCGGAUACCGCGUGGCGCGCAAGGAUGGCGACUUGGACGGCUAUGCCGCCAGCCUGGCGCUCGUGCCACCGCUGCGCUUGGGAUUUGUGCUGUUGCUGGCGGGGCCUCGCCCGCCCACGCGCGACCUGGUGGCUGACGCCCUGGACACGCUACUGCCUGCCCUGGAACGCGCGUUGCGCGAUGCUGAGCUUGCCCCCGCGCCCCCGCCCCGCGCGCGCCCGUUCACCGGCUUCUUCACCUUCGCCAACCGCACCUUCUACGAGGUGCGCGCCGCCGGGCCGGGUGGCGAGCUGCGCUUGCGCCAGUUUGGGCCGCGCGUGGAGGCGCUCGUGCCCGCCGCCUUCCGAUCGCUCGCUCUGCGCCACGUGCGCGGCCGCGUCUUCCAGCUGCACGUGGCGCGCGAAUUCCCGUGCGGGCUGCCGCUCGCAGACGCCUGGCUGUCCCUGGAGGCCCAGCACGGGCAGCUGGUGCGGUUCUACCCGCUGGAUCGCCACGGGCUGGCGCCGGGCUUCGACGUACCGGGCCUCAACACCUACGGAGUGCUGCGCCUGCCACGCAGGCCGGUGUUCGGCUCCCAGUGAGCUCGACAUCCCCACGCGCGCGCGUCCACACAUGCCUUUGGAUUGCCCAUACUUGCAACCCUUCACAUGCCUCCAGCCUGCCCACGCCUACCUGCAGCUUUUCUCUUAUCUGCAGCCUCCUCCCAUCUGCAGCACCUCUCCUCAACACAGUAGCUUCCCAUGCUUGCAGCCUCUCUCCCCUACACUGCCUGAUGCCCUCUUAAUUUCCCCGCUGCCACCUCCUCUGCCUUUAGCCUCACCCCCAUUUCAGUCUCUUCAUACUUGCAACCUCCCCUGUAUGGUGUCUAUCCCACUCCAGCGGUCCCCUCCCUCCAGCUUCCUACUCGUGGUUGGCAGGGAGGCCAACCAGAGGACACAGUAGUUGGCAAAGUGGGGCCUUCUUGGACCACAGCUGGUUUCAAACUCCUCUUAUUCACCCGAGAGGAAGAGUUAUACAGGAAUUUAUAGAAAGCAUGUAAACAUGUAGGCGUUGUCCAGCCACGAUAACCCAGAUCAGCGCUUUGGUGAAUCAGCGGCUCUGGGCCAUGCUGGACACCUGGAGAUCCUGUUUUAAACAAUCAAACAAAUACUGAAAUGUUAUUUUUUGUGUGUGCGUGUGUAUCUGUUGAAACAAGGACUAACUACCAGGAUCUGUGUUGUCUUUUAAAAACUACUCUUAUUGGCUGGGGGUGUCGCUCAGAAAGUAGAGAGUUUGUGCAGGACCCCAUAAACAUGGUAUGGUGGUUCCCACAAUUGGGGAGAAGGAGGUAGGUGGAUCAGAAGGUUCAGGCCACAAGAGAUACCGUUUAAAAGAACAACAGGUUUUGUUUUGUUUUUGUUUUUAAUUGAGUUAUAAUUAGCCUAAAACCAAAGGCACCAUCAGGUUCGCUUAUGUAUUUAUUUAGUGGGUCUGCCGAUAGAACCCAGGGCAUCGCGUGCUAGGUAAGUGCUCUACCAACUGAGCUACAUCCCCAGCCAGAGCUGGACCAUUUAGAGAAAUGUUUAACACCCAUCCAGGCUAUCAAGAUACAGGAGAUUCCGCCAAAUCCUAAUCCACCCCCCUACUCUUCCUUGGCGGUUACUCCCCUCCCUCUGCUCCUCCCCCCCCAACCCCCAGCCCCAGGCAACCACUGAUCUGCCUCUUGUCAGUUUAGAUUAGUUUCACCCGCUCCGGAGUUGGUGUGAACGGGAUCACACCGUGGAGGCUCCGUGUACAUUUCCUCCGGCUCAGCGUGCUGGUUUUGAGGUCCGACUCUUUGUAUGUGUUCAUAGUUCAUCAUCGCUUUUUAGUUCACGGUAUGGCCGCGCCAGUCUGUCUUUUCAUCGGCUGAUGGACAUUUGGGUCAUUUCCAGAAGGAGCAGUUAGGAAAAGAGGCUUGUAUGCAGGCUUUCAUUGCUUUGGGGCAAGUUUCUAGAUGACUGCCAGGCAGUUUUCCAAAAGCCUUGUGCCUUGUUCCUUCCCCACACGGAAAGAGGUGGCAGUUCUGUUACCCAUAUAUAUGGAGACACUUGGAUGUGUCGUUUUUUUUUUUAAAUUUUAGACAUGCUGGUUGUUCUGAAAUCAUAUCGCUCUGUGGUUUUAACUGUAUUCUAUUUAUUGAAUCGUGAAAGAGAUAUAUGUAUGUAUAAGAUAUAUAUGCACACACCAUCUCUCUGGAUUCAGUUCCCCCCUAGUCUUUGGAUUGAUUUUGCAUUUUCUUUUUUUUUAAUGUAAGUCAGUA